AACACCCAAGCAGCCGCACUUUCAUCACACACAACCUUCAACAUCACCCUUUCUUCUCAUCUCUUUAUUCAUCAAACUUCUCUCUCUCUUGAUUCUCUUAAAAAUGGCGAGGCAGCCAUCGCUGUAGAAGCAGCGCAGCUAGCGCAGCGGGUGUUUUUCCAUGUGGAAUGAAGCCAUGGCUGUCGCUGUUGUCAUCAAACACUCCACAAACUAACAUAUACAUAUAUAUAUAUGGCUUCUUUCAAACCCAACCAGACAUUUUCAUCUGUAGUUAUUAUGUCGUCUACGUUUGUUGUUUUCUCCAUUCUCGCCGCAGCUACUUCUUCACUGUCUCCGGCCGCCGCCUCCGGUGAUAAUUACCUACUUUCAAACCGCACAUUCCGCCCACGCCAAGAGCUUCUCAAACUAAGGAGGAUAAGGGCAUAUCUCAAGACGAUCAACAAGCCUGCGAUCAAGACAAUUCAGAGUCCAGAUGGAGAUCUAAUAGACUGUGUAGAAUCUCAUCUUCAACCCGCUUUCGAUCAUCCUCAACUCAAAGGAAACAACCCAUUGGAAGCUCCAGAGAGACCAAAAGGACACAAUUUAGGUGAUGAAGCAGAGAAGAGGUUUCAGAUAUGGUCAGAAUCUGGGGAAUGGUGCCCGGAAGGAACGGUUCCGAUCAGAAGAACAAGGGAGGAGGAUGUAGUGAGAGCUAGCUCCGUUCGUAGAUUUGGAAGGAAGAUCGUUCGCCGGAACACCAUGAGCACCGAUCAUGAGCAUGCUGUUGCAUUUGUAAAUGGAGAUGAAUACUAUGGAGCGAAAGCGAGCAUAAAUGUGUGGACGCCUCGAGUAAUGGAGCAGUAUGAAUUCAGCCUCUCACAACUUUGGGUCAUUUCCGGUUCUUUUGACUACGAUCUUAACACCAUUGAAGCUGGUUGGCAGGUCAGUACAGCAUUGUAUGGAGACAACAAUCCUAGGUUCUUCACAUAUUGGACAAGUGAUGCAUACCAAGCCACAGGAUGCUACAACUUGCUAUGCUCAGGCUUUGUUCAAACAAACAAUAGGAUUGCAAUGGGGGCAGCAAUAUCUCCAAGAUCAUCUUAUAAUGGCAGGCAAUUUGAUAUUGCCAUUAUGAUCUGGAAGGAUCCGAAACAUGGGCAUUGGUGGCUGGAAUUCGGGCCGGGUAUUGUGGUGGGGUACUGGCCAUCUUUCUUGUUCACCCACCUGAGAAGCCAUGCAAGCAUGGUGCAGUUUGGAGGAGAGAUAGUAAAUGAAGGUGGAAGAGGAUACCACACUUCAACACAGAUGGGGAGUGGGCAUUUUGCAGAUGAAGGGUUUAGAAAGGCUUCAUAUUUUAGGAACUUGAAGACUGUUGAUUGGGACAAUAACUUGAUCCCUUUAUCUAAUCUUCACCUCUUGGCUGACCACCCAACUUGUUACAAUAUUAGGUCUGGGAGAAAUAAUGUUUGGGGAAAUUAUUUUUACUAUGGGGGUCCUGGAAGAAACUCUAGGUGCCCAUAAUAAUAAACUAAUGUUUGGGGAAAUUAUUUUUACAAUAUCUA